CUCUGUUAUUUUAAAGUACCUUAGAGAGAGAUCAAUUCAAGCAAGAGCAGAGGUCAUAAUUUCAUCAGCUACAUUACUAAUGAAGUAGAGGCAUACUUGAUGCUGUGACAUAAGGUCAUGUGCUUAAGUGCACUUUAGUCAACCACACCAGUGUGUGAAUUGCUUUCAAGAUAAGAGAAGGCAUAAAUCUCCCUCAGAAAGUUGAAGUAUACCUCAAUCUGGGCAGAAAGUCCAUACUUGAAAAUCAUGGCAUUUGAUGGUACCUGGAAGGUGGAGAAGAAUGAAAAUUAUGAGAAGUUCAUGGAAGUAAUGGGUGUCGGUUUGGUGAAGAGAAAGCUAGGGGGCCAUGACAACCUGAAGAUCACAAUCCACCAAGAAGGAAACAAGUUCACAGUCAAAGAAUCCAGCAAUUUUCGCUCCAUAGAAAUUGUUUUCAUUCUAGGAGAAAAUUUUGACUACAGCUUGGCUGAUGGAACAGAACUCAAUGGUAAUUGGAAUUUGGAAGGAAAUAAGAUGGUAGGCAGUUUCACCCGGAAAGAUAAUGGGAAGGAACUUAAGGCGCUGAGAGAAAUUGUAGGAGAUGAAUUGGUCCAGACUUAUAUCUACGAAGGAGUUACUGCUAAGAGGAUCUUCAAGAAAGCAUGAACAGUCCAGAACUAUUAUCAGAUGGAAGAUUAACAUAUCUUGUUUUUAUGAACUGUACUUCCAUACCAAGGAUAAAGCAACUCAAAUCAGAGCUUGGAAGCAUUAUGUUUUUAGACUACAAUUCCCAGCCAGCACAGUCCAGAAAAGUAGUAUUUCCAACUUCUGACUCAGAUAUCCUUGUCAAUGUUCCGUAACUAAAAUGCAGUUAAGAUUUAUUUAUCUUGCAUCCCUACAUUAAGAUUACAAUGUUGCCAAAGCUGCAGGGAAAAAAUAAACAUUGUUUUUGCUCUG